GUCAUAUACGAGUAGUUAUAAAAGCUCAACUUUCCCAAAAAAAAUUGGAGUCAAAAUACUUGAGCCGGCCAUUCCAUUACAUAUUUUGGAAUAAUAUUGGAACAAGAAUGUCGCCGGCGCCGGAGAUCGGGGUGGCUGUGUUUAUACUAAAUGACAAUAAAAUACUGUUUGGGCGUCGCCUGUCUUCAUCCAUUGGCGCCAAUACAUAUGCCCUGCCCGGAGGUCACCUUGAGUUUGGAGAAAGUUUUGAGGAAUGUGCAGCAAGAGAAGUGAAGGAAGAAACUGGACUAGACAUCAAGAAUGUAGAAGUGUUAACGACAACCAAUAAUGUCCUUUCUGAUUCAGUGCAUCUGGUUGCUAUUUACGUGCGGGCACAAUUAUCAGACCCAAACCAGAUACCACAAAAUGUUGAACCUGAUAAGUGUGAGGGCUGGGAUUGGUAUGACUUGAAAAACACACCUGAACCAAUGUUUGAACCAUUGAAAGCAAUGCUGCAAGAUGGCUUCAAUCCCUUCCCUACUGAUUCUUGAUGUUUGCAAAUAGUUAAGUUUUCAUAUUAUUCCUAAUAACAGUAUGGUGAUAUUUCUCUCUGUCUUCUAAGUGACUUCAUCUAUGAUAAGAUUGCUUGUAUUUUC